AUGGAUUCCGCGUCCAGUGCCCCAGCGCGGCUUUCAGACGGCAGCCAUGAUGCACUCCAGAAACUGCAGCAAGAUGUGGAGAGAAUACUGCACGAGAGCAAGCGCGAUCUCCUGCGCAGUUUAGACUACUACACGCAGUCAGCCCGCAUUAUCAAUGCCACCUGCAGUGCGUCAAUGGCAUCAGUCCCCAUGCCUCCGAGCGUGUUCGAGCAGCCGGACCCACCCUCUUGCCUACCACCGGUUUCUGGAGCGAUGGAGGAUCACAUGGCCACCAGCGAUCCAUCGAUUUAUUUGUCCGCCGACUUCGCGCCAGACAAGUUGGGAGGACCCCAUGUGUCGAAUAAUGAUCAGCCCGUACAGAAAAUGUCUUCCAGGCAGAGGCGCCACAUGCGCUGGAAGAACGCAGAAGUAAACAGCAAUUUUAUGUCAAAAUCGCAGAUCGGCAAGAUCAUGUCUGAGGCAAGUUGGUCAGAGCGCAUGGUGAGGAGUAAGUGCUUCGAGUGGUUCAGUGGCUCCUUGAUCCUGCUCAACUGCAUAUUUAUUGGAUGGCAUACACAGAUGAUGGCUUCGCGGGCUAUUGAGCACACGAGUCAGAACAUGGAUCCACAUGUGAACACUUCGGCCGAGGUAUUGAUCAUGCAGGUUGGCUUCACCGGGUGCUUCCUGGUGGAGCUCUUAGUGCGAUGGGCAGCUGAAGGUGUCAUCGAUUUCUUCAGGAAUGUACUGGACGUCAUUUGCGUCCUCAUUGGUGUGGUGGAUGCUUCAGCUGAGAUUGUCAUGCUUGCGACAGGGCUCGAGGAACAGACUCCUCUUCGGGGCUUUACCGUGAUGAGGGUGCUGAGGGUGGUGCGAAUCGUGCGUGUGGUCCGCGUGAUCCGGAUUAUGCGAUUCUUCCGUGAGCUCCGCAUGAUGAUCUUCAGCACGGUGAACUGCUUGAAAUCCGUCGUUUGGAUCAUUCUGUUUCUAUUCGGCUUGUUCUACAUGUUUGGUGUUGCCUUCACGCAAGCAGUUACAAGCUAUCUCGACAGCCUUGAGAUGAGAAAGCUGUCCGAGUACUCUUCCUUGCAGCUGUACUUCGGCACUUUGGACAGCUCUAUAUUGGCUUUGUACAUGGCAAUGUCCGGGGGACAGAACUGGCACGUCUACUACGACUCGCUGGCCACCAUGAGCGGUGGGGAGUUCUGGUGCUUGCUCUACAUUCUGUACAUUACCUUUGCAUUAUUCGCGGUCAACAUUGUCACCGGAGUGUUUGUAGACACCGCCCUCCAGUCGAGCAAAAACGAUCGAGAAGUGGUAGUGCAGGAAGAGCUGGAGCAAAAGCAGGAUUACUUGAAGCAGCUUCAUCAGCUGUUCCAGGCUAUCGACGAGAACUCCGAGGGUCGCAUCACUCGCGAGGUCUUGCAGCAAGCUUUCAAGCAUGAGACCAUCCUUGCAUACUUCUCCCAUCUGAAGAUAGAUGUCCCAGAUGCGGCCACGCUUUUCGAACUCUUGGACUUCGAUCAGUCCGGCACGAUCGACUUGGAGGAGUUUCUUCAUGGUUGCUACCAGCUCCAUGGUGAGGCAACACACCUGGAAGCUAAGAUGAUGCAAGCAGAAGUGAGGUUUAUGAAGGAAAACUUGAUCAAGCUUGUCGAUGACAUGCAGAAAGUACAGGCACAGCUGAAAUUUCUGAAGCGAUUGCCUUAG